UCACUCGCUGCCUGAGCUGGGACUGCUGAAGAUAUCUGCGAGGAGGAGGAGGAGGAGCUGUCAAAGUUUGAGUUGCCCACAGAAGGAAAAGUCUUUUUUACUCAACGAGCAGAGAAGGAGAGGGAAAAGGCGACGUUUUUAAGUUUUGGGAAAGCGGAAUAUCUCGGCUUGUUGGCAUGGAAUGACACCUUCUCACCGGGAGCUUCAAAAUAACACGAUGGCAGCCCGUUUUCUCAAGUGGAUCAGUCUCACGUCUCUGCUUUGGCUGAGCUUCUGCGGUCUGGCGGAAAACAAAGUGUGCCAAGGUGUAACCAAUCGUUUAAACCUUUUGGGAACUAAAGAGGACCACUACAGGAACAUGGUGAAGACCUACAGCAACUGCACUGUAGUCUUGGAGAACCUGGAGAUCACAUACAUGGAGGAUCACCGUGACCUGUCCUUCCUCCGGUCAAUCAAAGAAGUUGGUGGCUACGUCCUGAUCGCCCUCAAUACAGUAUCCAGGAUUCCUCUGGAGAACCUGCGCAUCAUUCGAGGCCAUUCUCUCUAUGAUGGAAGUUUUGCUCUUUCUGUGAUUUCCAAUUAUAACAAAUCUACAAAUAAGGGCACCGAUCAGAUUCUUCUGACCAGCCUGACAGAAAUUCUUAAAGGAGGAGUAAAAAUUUUGACCAACCAGCUUUGCAAUGUGGAAACAAUCCAGUGGUCCGAUAUUGUUAAUGUUGGAAACAUCAGCAUUGAUCCAACUCCUAGCAAAAACAAAAAUUGUGGAAAAUGUGACUCAGGCUGUUUCAAUGGCUCAUGUUGGGCACCUGGUCCUGAAAACUGUCAGACUUUGACAAAGCUGAACUGUGCCCAGCAGUGCUCUAAGAGAUGCAAAGGACCUUCACCGAGUGACUGUUGCAAUGAGCAUUGUGCCGCGGGGUGCACGGGACCCAGAGCUGAAGACUGCCUGGCCUGUCGGGACUUCCAGGAUAAUGGAGUGUGUAAGGACUCCUGCCCAGGCCUUCAUCGUUAUGACCCCAACCUGCACCAGCUGGUUCCUAAUCCGCAUGGAAAGUACAGCUUCGGGGCCACCUGUGUCAAAAGCUGCCCACGUAAUUAUAUUAUUUCUGAUUACGGCGCAUGUGUGCGGACAUGCAACGAUAACACAUAUGAGGUGGAGGUAGGAGGAAUCAGGAAGUGCGCCAAGUGUGACGGGCUGUGUCCAAAAGUGUGUAAUGGACUUGGAACAGGAGACUUGGUUCACACUCUGUCUAUCAAUGCCACAAACAUCGGCUCCUUUGAAAACUGCACCAAAAUCAAUGGAAACAUCGACAUCAUCCACACAUCAAUUUAUGGGGAUCAAUUCACCAAAACACCAAAGAUGGAUCCUGCCCAGCUUAAUGUGUUUAAGACAGUUAAAGAAAUUACUGGGUACCUGUGGAUUCAAACGUGGCCAAAUACCAUGAGCUCACUGAGUCCUUUUGAGAAUCUGGAGGUCGUUCGGGGGAGAACUAAACGCGGAAGCCGCAGUUUGGUUGUGGCUGGGCUACAUAUCACCCACCUGGGCCUGAGGUCCCUCAGAGAAAUCAGUGAUGGAGAUGUGUUUGUCUCUAAGAACUCUGAACUCUGUUACACCGAUGCAAAGCACUGGGAGAAGCUUUUCAAAUCACCACACCAAACUGUUAAUAUAGAGGGCAAUGCCAACGCUGCCGCCUGCGCUCUGAGAAACGACACUUGCGACAAGAAGUGCACGGCGGACGGCUGCUGGGGUCCGGGCCCCAGUAUGUGCAUUUCGUGCCGCGACUACAAGCGCGACGGGAGCUGCGUCGACUCCUGCAACAUCCUGGAGGGAGAGCCACGCGAGACAGCUGUGAAUAAAAUCUGCAUCAAGUGCCACCCCGAGUGUCAGCCCAUGAACGGGACCGCAACCUGCAGCGCGCCUGAGUCUGCUAACUGCACUAAAUGUGCUAACUUCAAAGAUGGACUGUUCUGCGUGUCCCGCUGUCCGCAAGGCGUGCUGGGGGAGGACGACGCACUAGUGUGGAAAUACGCAGAUGAACAGAAAGUGUGCCAGCUAUGCCACAAAAACUGCACUCAGGGGUGCAUUGGACCCGGUCUUGAAGGCUGCCACAGUAAAGGCCCCCCUGGUCUUUCCAUGGUCGCGGCUGGUGUUGUUGGUGGGCUGCUGGCCGCUCUCAUCGCAGGCCUGUCUGUUUUUGUGUUGCUCCGCCGACGCCACAUCAAGAGGAAGAGGACCAUGCGUAGACUGCUCCAAGAGAGAGAGUUGGUCGAACCCCUCACUCCAAGUGGAGAGGCACCGAACCAGGCUCUGCUGCGGAUCCUGAAGGAACCCGAGUUUAAGAAAAUCAAGGUGCUGGGAUCAGGAGCUUUUGGUACUGUUUACAAGGGUCUGUGGGUCCCGGAGGGAGAGGACGUGAAAAUCCCAGUCGCCAUCAAGGUUUUGAGAGAGGCCACGUCCCCUAAAGCAAACAAGGAGAUCUUGGAUGAAGCUUAUGUGAUGGCCAGUGUGGAGCACCCCCACGUGUGUCGUCUGUUGGGCAUCUGCCUCACCUCCACGGUGCAGCUCAUAACGCAGCUCAUGCCUUACGGCUGCCUGUUGGAUUAUGUCAAAGAGAACAAGGACAAUAUUGGCUCCCAGUACCUGCUCAACUGGUGUGUGCAGAUAGCCAAGGGUAUGAACUACCUGGAGGAGCGCCACUUAGUGCAUCGUGACUUGGCAGCCAGAAACGUCCUGGUGAAGACUCCUCAACAUGUCAAGAUCACUGACUUUGGUUUGGCCAAGUUGCUAAAGGCAGAUGAGAAAGAGUACCAUGCAGAUGGAGGAAAGGUGCCGAUAAAAUGGAUGGCUCUUGAGUCGAUCCUGAACAGAACUUACACGCACCAGAGCGACGUAUGGAGUUACGGAGUAACAGUUUGGGAGCUGAUGACAUUUGGGACCAAACCAUACGAUGGGAUUCCAGCCAGUGAAAUAGCUGGGGUACUGGAGAAGGGAGAACGCCUGCCUCAGCCACCAAUCUGCACCAUAGAUGUCUACAUGAUCAUGGUGAAAUGUUGGAUGAUUGAUGCAGACAGCCGCCCUCGUUUCCGAGAACUCAUAGCUGAGUUUACAAAGAUGGCUCGGGAUCCACCGCGUUAUCUUGUCAUCCAGGGGGAUGACCGCAUGCACCUACCGAGUCCUUCAGACACUAAGUUCUACCGCAGCCUGAUUAGCGGGGAGGACAUGGAGGAUGCUGUGGAUGCUGAUGAAUAUCUGGUGCCACAGCGUGGCUUCUUCAGCAGCCCGAGUACCUCCCGCACCCCACUGAUUCACUCAACAAGCCUCAACAGCAGCAUCGGGACGUGCCACAGCAGAACUGGCUUACUGAACGGAUUCCCGAGCAGAGAUGGAAGCAUGGCCCUGCGAUAUAUUCCAGACCCCACAGACAAAUUUCUUGAUGAAGCCUUCCAGCCGUCUCCAGGCUACAUGAACCAGACUCCCAUCUCAGAUGUGGUGAAUCCUAUCUAUCAGCAUCCCGGUCCACCUCGCACCCUUCUUCCCACCAUCUCCUCGGACCAUACGGAGACAGAGUACCUGAACUACUUUAAGAACGGGGCUGCCGGACCAGAAUAUCUCAAUGAGAUUCUGUCCCCGGCCGUCCUCCCGCUCACGUCAAACGGCACGGUCCACAGCAUUGAGAAAUACCUGCCUCAGCAAAGCAUAGACAACCCCGACUACCAACAGGAUUUCACUCCCACCUUCAAGACCCACACCAAUGGACACAUACCGGCCGCGGAGAAUGCAGAGUACCUGGGCCCGGACUGACUUAGUGGAAUGUGACAGGAAAUAAGAGACUACUUUCUGUUCCUUCAAUGAAAGGCGUUAUCUUCAGUAUCUUGGCUGGAUUGCUGAGUGGUACCACCCUACUCUGUCCUAUCUUAUGGAGUCAGCUGACAGUUUGAGCAGCAUUGUUGGCAUGCUUUCAAGUUAAACCAGUCUCAUUCCAAAUACUUUUUUUUUCACACCACCUUCAAACUACCAAUGAGAACGACAAAAGUUGUUUCGCAUGUCUCAGCUGACCUUAAGAGACCAGAUAGACUCCACCUUUGUGACGUACCUCCUGAAAGGAAGGGAAACUCUCUUCUGAAAAUGUGAGAAGUAGAAAUGCGUAGAUGCUAUGCACAAAAGAUUUUUUGAUCCAAAUGUGUUGGUGGAGGAAUGCUAUUAAAAGCGUGUAAACACCUCCGGUAAUAUUUUAAGAAUGCCGAAGCGGGCAGCGCAACCCAAAAACACAACUUGAGGUACAUGCAUUGUAGACUUGCUAGUUAGAGGCCGUUUCUCUGUGGUGAAGUCAAAAAGAUUAAAGGGAGUUUUUUUUUUUAAAAGAUUCCCCAGAAUUCCUUUGACACCCCUCGUAGAGGAUUAGUCAGAUACCUUGGAAUGUAGGGAAUGUACAGUCGGCAUAAAGGGGAAUUCUGGUGAAUUGUGUGAAUUAAUGUGUGAUCUUUAUGUUCUAAAUUAAUUCUGUAUGUAUUAAAAAAGACUGUCGCAUCACCUGGCAUAGAACAAGAGAGCUGAGCUUCUUGUUUUUCCCUGUCAUAACUAUGUGAAGAAUGUGAUGGUAAAUACAGCAAAUGUUCCCGUUCGUCCUGCUGUGUUUUGUAGCUCAGAUUCGGCAGCAUUCUUGUAACAUGAAGCAUAUUUGUGGAGACCCACAAAGCGAGAUAGUCCGAGGUUUUUUAUCAGUGUGUCAUACUAAAGUCUGAGUAUUAAGGAAGUCGUUUGUAUCCCUCAUGACUGAGUACUUUUUAGAAAACAGCUGGGGUUUUUUUUGUUUUUGUUUUUUAUUUUUGGCAAGCAAAAACCGCAUCAUAGAUAGACAAGUUGGGGAAAAAACUCAGCAGCACCAGUUGUGAUCUAGAUAUAUAGUACGUUUGUCUUGUUUGUACCAUGUUUAAAAUGCUGGUUGACCUGUCUUAGGCUGUUUGAGUAAAUUGUUUGAACUGUAGCAGUAGUUGCACUUCCCUGGGAAAUAUUUUAGAGAUGAAUGUUUCUGACGCCCGCGGUCUGUUAUUAUCACCAGAACCCCUUUGGCUGGUUCCUUGUUGUUCCGCACAAAAUGUUGACAGUGCAUCUAUGAAUCUGUUCCUAGCUUUAAAGCCUUUUUUAGUCCUGCAGCAGCAUUAAGCCUCGCAAAUAUUUAUUCCUAGUUUUAAGGGAAUAUAGUUUUGUAGCAGCCUGUAAACCUACCUUUGCAGAUUUUACACAGGUACAUGUACAGGUAACAGUGUGUAUGCUGUAAUAUAACCCGGCAUAGUCGCCUGUAAUUUAUACUCAGUACACAGUUUUGUCAUAUCAUAUGUGAAUAUGCACUUAUUCCUGAAUUGUGAUUAUUUCAUUCAAAAGUGUAAAUGAAUAAAUCUUAUUUUCUAUGGA